AUGUCGUCCGCACGCGCGAGUCGGCUGCACUACGCGCCCUUGCCCCCCCGAGACCACUGCCACCAGCGUGCGCGAGACGCCAGCGACGCGGUGGCGUACUUCGCCCGGCAUCUGACCAACGCGGGUCCAGUCUCCCGGGGGCACUUCGGCUCGAAGCUCCGGCGCCGGGCCCUCCUCCUCGGUACCGGACCCACGCGGCGGCGGCGGCGACGAGGCCGCGCGGCCGUCGUUGUGUCGGCGGCCGCGCGGCGCGCGGAGCUGUCGACCUGGCGAGAGACGGGUCCACUCCGCGGGGGCUGGACGUCGUACGCCGCGGCGACGGUCGGCGAGUCGACCAGACGAUCCCGGGGUGCGGCGCGGCGCGGCGCGGCGCUUGAACCCACCGGCGCCCUCGUGGAUAUUUGCCGCGCGCCGAUUCCAGGGCUUGUCGGGGAGAUCGGCGCGAUCGUCGACGCGACGCGCGACAAUCUGUGGCUCCGAAUGCCGUGCGACGCCCUCGUGCGGCUUCCACGGCGAGGCUCCGUCGUCGCGCUACGCGUCGGCGCCAGGUCGGGGGUAUCCGGCGCGGGUCCCGCGCGUCUGGUCCUCACGCCUCCCUCGGGUCCUGUCAGGUACUGAUC